AUGGAGCUGGAUGUGCAAAGGGCCAAGGAGCUCAUCGAGCAGAAGCUGGUGGAGGAGGAGGAGGAGGAGAAGCGACUCAAAGGGGAUGGUGCACGGGAGCCACGGGCCGUGGAGCGGAUGAGCACACCUGAGCUGGAAGAGGAGAAACGGUGUGGCCCCAGGAACCGGGGCCUCAAUGCCAUCAAGGGCCAGGAGCGGGUGCGGAAGAGCUCGGUGGACCUGCGGCGGGGGAUACUGCGCCUCAUCGAGCUCCGCAAGCAGCGCCGGCAGCGCCGGGAGGAGCGAGCAGCCACCCCCGAGCCCGCCCCACUGCCAGAGCCCCUGGAGAUCGAGGGGCCUGUGGAGCCAGAGACCUUCCUGCGAGCUGCUGUCCAGGGCAAGAUGCCUGUGAUUGAGAAGUUUCUGGCAGACGGUGGCCCCCCUGACACCUGUGACGAGUUCCACCGCACAGCCCUGCACCGCUCCUCGCUGGAAGGACACAUGGACAUCCUGCAGAAGCUGCUGGACAGUGGAGCCACCGUCGACUUCAGGGAUCGGCUGGACUGCACCGCUGUGCACUGGGCCUGCCGGGGUGGGCACCUGGAUGCUGUCAAGCUGCUGCAGGACCACGGGGCCGACCUCAACCUGAAGGACAAGCUGCUCAGCACCCCUCUCCACGUGGCCACCCGGACUGGGCACCUCGACAUUGUGGAGCACCUCAUCCACAGUGGGGUGGACAUCAACUCCCCGGACAGGGAAGGCGACACAGCACUGCAUGAUGCCACACGGCUCAGCCGCUACAAAAUCAUCAAAGUGCUGAUCCUGCACGGGGCUGACAUGAUGGCCAAGAACGAGGCUGGCAAGACCCCGACAGACCUGGUGCAGCAGUGGCAGGUGGACACACGCCAGGCGCUAGAGACCAGGGAGCAGCCGCAGGGGGAGAUGGAGGUCCCUGCGUGA